AUUCGAUCGAUUAAUGAUUUCAAUUUGCCUUUAUAUGGUAAGAGUAAAAUAUUACAUAGUGAAGAGACUUCCGCUGAAUGAGGAAAGUAAAAGGAUUCCAUCCCCCCUCAAUGGCUGCCAAGGGUCUUUCCCACUUUUUCCAGAAGGAUAAGACGUUCCGUCCCAAAAGAAAACUUGAAGAAGGAACAUUACGUUAUGAACUUCACAAACAAUCCAAGGCUUCAUUGCACUCUGGAAUCAAUUUGAAAGAAUGCGUGAAACUCCCAGAUGAUGAAGAUUUGAACGACUGGGUUGCUGUUCACAUUGUGGAUUUCUUUAAUCGCAUUAACUUGAUUUAUGGAGCAAUUUCUGAAGUCUGCACUGAUGAGAGUUGUCCAACUAUGUCUGGAGGAAAAAGGUAUGAGUACCAUUGGUGUGAUGGAGACAAAUAUAAAAAACCAACUUCAGUUCCAGCACAGGAGUAUAUCUCCUUGCUGAUGGAUUGGGUGGAGAGCCAAAUUAACAAUGAGGAUAUAUUCCCAAUUGAUAAAGAUGUUCCAUUUCCAAAAACAUUUCUUCCAACUGCCAAGAAGAUCCUUACAAGACUCUUUAGGGUGUUUGUUCAUGUUUACAUCCAUCACUUUGACAAAGUACAAUCCUUAGGAGCUGAAGCUCACGUAAACCAGUGUUACAAGCAUUUCUAUUAUUUUGUUACUGAGCUUAACCUUGUGGACAGAAAAGAAUUGGAGCCUUUGAAAGCAAUGACUCAGAAGCUGUGUUCCUGACAUGAAGGAAUAUAUUUGAGACUAUUAUUAGUUGUUUGUAAAUAGAAUACACGUUUCUAAGGUCGCAAUGAUAAUUCCCCACUGUGAAGUAUUCGACCUUUUCCAGGCUUCAGUUGGUUAAACGGAGCGAAGUCGUUAAAGACGCGACAUAAACGGAAGAGCGAAAUGGAGGGAGGCCUAGGUCGGUUCGCGACCCGAUCCAAACUUCCCUCGUUCCUUUACUCCCCCGCUACUAUCGUGCCGGUUACCAUCAGGCUUUGUGUUACUAACUAAACGGCUGGAACAGGCUAUGAAGUAUUUAAUGAAGUCAAAAUUACGCUUUCAUAUGAAAAUGAGCUUUUAAUAUGCAUGCAUAUUUUCAUAGAUUGAAAAUUAUAUCAUCUUCUAUCAAUGAAUACAUUCUUACAAAUUUGAUAGUCAGUUGUUUAUAAGAAAAUCUGGAUUACGAAGAAACAGUAUUAAGCAUUAAUAAAGAUUACCUUGUUACUAAUUUUCAGGUGGCAAGAAUUAGGUAUAUCAGCAUAUGUUGAUUCUUUAUGAAAGCUGGAGAAAAGUUUCUAACUAUUUUCAGAUUUUGUACUUUCAUUAAGUGUCGAACUUUCUCAAGGGUGAUUCGUUAAAUAAAACCUUACUCC